AAAUUAGAUGCGAUUCUCCAACAGUGGCUAAUGGAACCUAUCACCCCAAAAAGAAAGUGUUCAGAGAAUUGGAAGCAAUCAGAGUAGAGUGUAAUCAAGGAUUUCACUUUGAAACAGACAAUAAGGACAGGAGAGCAGAAUGCACAAAGAAUGGCUGGUUACCUGUUCCAAGAUGUAUCUUGAGACCCUGUGACUACCCACAUAUAGAAAAUGGAGCACUGACUGACUAUUAUGAAUAUUACAAAGAACGAGCCUUUCCAGCACAGUUAGGUGUGGCAAUUUACUACAGAUGUCUUGAUGGUUACGUAUCUGAAAGAGAGGAGAGGUGGCCUCUGAUCAGAUGUACUAAAGCGAGCUGGUCUCCUGCACCAAAAUGCCUUAAAAAGUGUUCUCCUGGUUAUUUGGAAAAUGGUAGAUUUCUGUCUAGCUACAGGAACACCUACAAAGAAGGUGAUGAAAUUUCAUAUGUGUGUUCUCCUCAUAAUCUGGAAGCCAGAGCUACAUGCACAAAGAAUGGCUGGUCACCUGCUCCAACAUGUACUUCUAUCAAAAUCUGUGAAAAAGUUGAGAUACAAAAUGGUUAUUUCUCUGAAAGUAGGAACAGAUUUAAUUUAAACGAGGAAGCAAAAUAUGGGUGUCAGAUUGGUUACAUAACUCCAGAAGGAAAUGAGUUGGGAAAGACACAGUGCCUUCAAGAAGGAUGGACUCCUUUACCAAAGUGCAUUAGUGAGUAA